AUGGUUUUCCACAAGUUGGUCAAGAACAGCGCGUACUACAGCCGCUACCAAACCAAGUACAAGCGCCGCCAGCAGGGCAAGACCGACUACUACGCCCGCAAGCGCCUCAUCACCCAGGCCAAGAACAAGUACAAUGCGCCCAAGUACCGCCUCGUCGUCCGCUUCACCAACAAGGACAUCAUCUGCCAGAUCGUCACCUCUGAGAUCUCUGGCGACAAGGUCUUCGUCUCUGCCUACUCGCACGAGCUCAAGGCCUACGGUAUCGAGCACGGUCUGACCAACUGGGCCGCUGCCUACGCCACCGGUCUCCUCAUCGCCCGCCGCGCCCUCAAGAAGCUCGGCCUCGACGAGGACUUCACCGGUGUCGAGGAGGCCGAUGGUGAGUUCACCCUCACCGAGGCCGCCGAGACCGACGAUGGCGAGCGCCGCCCCUUCAAGGUCUUCCUCGACGUUGGCCUGAAGCGCACCUCCACCGGUGCCCGUGUCUUUGGUGCCAUGAAGGGUGCCUCUGACGGUGGUAUCCUCGUCCCCCACUCCGAGAAGCGAUUCCCCGGUUACGACAUGGAGACCAAGGAGCUCGACGCUGACGUCCUCCGCAACUAUAUCUACGGUGGCCACGUCGCUGAGUACAUGGAGACUCUUGCCGACGACGAUGAGGAGCGUUACCGCAGCCAGUUCCAGAAGUACAUCGACGACGACGUCGAGGCUGAGGGUCUUGAGGACCUUUACACUGAGGCCCACGCCGCCAUCCGUGAGGACCCCUUCAAGAAGGCCGAGGGCGAGGGUGAGAAGAAGACCAAGGAGGAGUGGAAGGCCAUCUCCAAGAAGUACCGAACCCCCAAGCAGACCAAGGAGCAGAAGGAGAAGCGGGUGCAGGAGCGCAUCGCCGAGCUUCUGGACGAGGAAUAA